GCGGCAGCCAAGCUAACCAAUGACUCUGUAUUUUGGGCUGGCGAAGCCCAAUGGCGUGGCAGGAAAGGCGGGUCCGAGAUGGGUUAGGGUGUCCUUGCAGGGUGUCUGAGCUAAACUUCACCAAAUAAUAGCUGUUUGUAUUUUGGCUGCUGCAGGAGCCAUUUUAGAAGUAACUAUCUUCCUUCAGUAAAUGAUAAUGAAAAUACAGAAAAAAGAGAAGCAGUUGUCAAAUUUAAAAGUUCUGAAUCACUCCCCAAUGUCUGAUGCCUCUGUCAAUUUUGACUACAAAUCUCCCUCCCUAUUUGACCGAAGUACUGAUCAGGACGAGAAAAGUGAAGAUGUUGGUAGUCACUGUCUGCCCCAGAAGGACCUAUAUGCUGCUGAAGAAGCUGAAACCCUCUUUCCUAGGAAAAUGACAUCCCAUAAUGGACUGGAGGACAGUGGAGGAGGUGGUACUGGAGUGAAGAAGAAACGGAAGAAAAAGGAUCCAGGAGAGCAAGAGGGGGUAGCAAAGGGAAGCAAGGACAGGGAGCCCAAGCCAAAGAGGAAGCGAGAACCUAGAGAGCCAAAGGAACCCAGGAAGGCUAAGGAGCCCAAAAAGGCCAAGGAACCCAAGGAGCCGAAGCAGAAGGAUGGAGCCAAGAAAAUGCGGAAGCCCCGGGAGGCCUCAGGCACCAAGGAGUCCAAAGAAAAGAGGAAUAACGUUGACUCUGUGGCCAGGACAAAAUCCAAGAAGGCCAGCAAGGAGCAAGGACCAACCCCAGUGGAGAAAAAGAAGAAAGGAAAAAGGAAAAGUGAAACCACAGUGGAGAGUUUAGAGCUGGAUCAGGGCCUGCCGAAUGCAUCCCUGCAGAGUCCUGAGGAAUCUACUGAGUCUGCAGACAGCCAGAAAAGACGUUCAGGGCGGCAAGUGAAGCGCAGAAAAUACAAUGAGGACCUGGACUUCAAGGUGGUGGAUGAUGAUGGGGAGACAAUUGCUGUUCUUGGAGCUGGCCGAACAUCUGCCCUCUCAGCUUCUACUCUGGCUUGGCAGGCAGAGGAGCCUCCGGAAGAUGAUGCAAACAUUAUUGAGAAGAUUCUAGCAUCAAAAACUGUCCAGGAGGUUCACCCAGGAGAACCUCCAUUCGACUUGGAGCUUUUCUACGUUAAGUAUAGAAAUUUUUCCUACUUACAUUGCAAAUGGGCUACAAUGGAAGAGCUUGAAAAGGAUCCACGCAUCGCACAGAAGAUCAAGCGGUUUAGGAAUAAACAAGCCCAGAUGAAGCACAUUUUUACUGAGCCCGAUGAAGAUUUAUUCAACCCAGACUAUAUAGAAGUUGAUCGCAUCUUAGAGGUGGCCCAUACCAAGGAUGCAGAAACAGGAGAGGAAGUGACUCAUUACCUAGUAAAGUGGUGUUCACUACCUUAUGAGGAAAGCACAUGGGAGCUAGAAGAAGAUGUGGAUCCUGCAAAAGUUAAAGAAUUCGAAUCUCUUCAAAUACUCCCUGAAAUCAAGAAUGUGGAACGGCCUGCUUCGGACUCCUGGCAGAAACUUGAAAAGUCUCGGGAGUAUAAGAACAGUAACCAGCUGCGGGAGUACCAGCUGGAGGGGAUGAACUGGCUUCUUUUUAACUGGUAUAAUAGGAAGAACUGUAUUUUAGCUGAUGAAAUGGGGUUAGGGAAAACCAUCCAGUCCAUCACAUUCCUUUCAGAAAUAUUCCUCCGAGGAAUUCAUGGUCCUUUCCUCAUCAUCGCCCCUCUUUCCACCAUUACUAACUGGGAACGGGAGUUCCGAACUUGGACAGAGAUGAACGCUAUUGUGUACCACGGCAGCCAGAUCAGCAGGCAGAUGAUACAGCAGUAUGAAAUGGUAUACAGGGAUGCACAGGGGAACCCCCUUUCAGGAGUCUUCAAGUUCCAUGUUGUGAUCACAACAUUUGAGAUGAUCCUGGCAGACUGCCCAGAGUUGAAAAAGAUUCACUGGAGCUGUGUGAUAAUUGAUGAAGCUCACAGAUUAAAGAAUAGGAACUGCAAACUUCUGGAGGGUCUAAAACUCAUGGCCUUGGAACACAAAGUACUGCUCACUGGGACCCCUUUGCAGAACUCUGUGGAGGAGCUCUUCAGCUUGUUAAAUUUUCUGGAACCAUCACAGUUUCCUUCAGAGACUGCCUUCUUAGAAGAAUUUGGAGAUCUGAAAACAGAAGAACAGGUGAAGAAACUACAGUCCAUCUUAAAACCCAUGAUGCUUCGGAGACUCAAAGAUGAUGUGGAAAAGAACCUUGCUCCCAAACAAGAGACAAUCAUUGAGGUGGAACUGACCAAUAUCCAGAAAAAGUACUACCGUGCCAUUCUGGAGAAGAACUUUUCCUUCCUCACCAAAGGGGCAAAUCAGCACAAUAUGCCCAAUCUCAUCAACACUAUGAUGGAACUGAGGAAGUGCUGUAAUCAUCCCUACCUGAUCAAUGGGGCAGAGGAGAAAAUUUUGGAGGAUUUCCGAAAAACACAUAGCCCUGAUGCUUCUGACUUUCAACUACAGGCCAUGAUUCAGGCAGCAGGGAAACUGGUACUGAUUGAUAAACUACUCCCUAAGCUGAUUGCUGGUGGCCACAAAGUACUCAUCUUCUCCCAGAUGGUUCGCUGUCUUGACAUCCUGGAAGAUUACCUUAUUCAGAGAAGAUACACCUAUGAGCGAAUUGAUGGGCGAGUUCGGGGAAACCUGCGCCAGGCAGCCAUCGACCGGUUCUGUAAACCAGACUCAGACCGCUUUGUCUUUCUUCUGUGCACCAGAGCGGGAGGCCUGGGGAUCAAUCUCACAGCUGCUGAUACCUGCAUCAUAUUUGAUUCAGACUGGAAUCCACAAAAUGACUUGCAGGCUCAAGCUCGAUGUCACCGGAUAGGACAGAGCAAAGCUGUGAAGGUUUAUCGCCUCAUUACUCGGAACUCCUAUGAACGGGAAAUGUUUGACAAAGCAAGUCUAAAGCUGGGUCUGGACAAGGCUGUUCUUCAGGACAUCAACCGAAAGGGUAGCACCAAUGGAGUACAACAGCUCUCAAAAAUGGAGGUAGAGGAUUUACUCCGGAAAGGUGCCUAUGGUGCCUUAAUGGAUGAGGAAGAUGAAGGUUCCAAAUUUUGUGAGGAAGACAUAGACCAGAUUCUGCAGAGAAGAACCCAUACCAUCACCAUCCAGUCUGAAGGGAAAGGGUCCACUUUUGCUAAGGCUAGCUUUGUGGCCUCAGGAAAUAGAACUGAUAUUUCCUUAGAUGACCCAAACUUUUGGCAAAAAUGGGCUAAAAUAGCUGAACUGGACACUGAAGCAAAAAAUGAAAAGGAAAGCUUAGUGAUUGAUCGCCCUCGCGUGCGAAAGCAGACCAAACACUACAACUCUUUUGAGGAGGAUGAACUUAUGGAGUUUUCAGAAUUAGACAGUGACUCUGAUGAAAGGCCCACGAGGUCUAGGCGCCUCAAUGACAAAACCAGACGGUACCUUAGAGCUGAGUGCUUCCGGGUAGAGAAGAAUCUGCUCAUCUUUGGCUGGGGUCGGUGGAAGGACAUCCUGACCCAUGGACGAUUCAAGUGGCAUCUGAACGAGAAAGACAUGGAGAUGAUUUGCCGUGCCCUGCUGGUGUACUGUGUCAAGCAUUACAAGGGGGAUGAAAAGAUUAAGAGUUUCAUUUGGGAGUUGAUCACACCUACCAAAGAUGGGCAGGCCCAGACCCUCCAGAACCACUCGGGAUUGUCUGCUCCAGUCCCCAGAGGGAGAAAGGGGAAGAAAACCAAGAAUCAACUGUUGCUCCCAGAGUUGAAGAAUGCUGACUGGUUAGCCACCUGUAACCCCGAAGUAGUCUUGCAUGAUGAUGGUUAUAAGAAACAUCUCAAACAGCACUGCAACAAGGUACUUUUGCGGGUCCGGAUGCUGUACUACCUAAAAGCUGAAAUAUUGGGAGAAGCAGCUGAUAAAGCAUUUGAGGGAACUCCUGCCAGAGAGCUGGAAGUGCCUCUUCCUGAUAUAGACUACGUGGAGAUUCCGGUGGAGUGGUGGGAUGCUGAGGCUGAUAAGUCCCUUCUGAUUGGUGUGUUCAAACAUGGGUAUGAAAGGUACAAUGCCAUGCGAGCAGACCCAGCUCUUUGCUUUCUAGAAAAAGUUGGAAUGCCAGAUGAGAAAUCACUUUCUGCAGAACAAGGCACAACAGAUGGAACCUCGGACAUUCCUGAAAGAGGCAAUGUGGAUAAAGAAGAUACUACUGAAGACAAAUUAGAUGGCCUCCAGAAACAAAUGGAGAGUUCCUGUGAUGUAGGUGAUGGCACUGCUGAAAUGAAGGAUGACAGCCAGGCAGCCCAGGAUGGCUCCGACCCAGACAAAUCACCCUGGCCAGUUUCAUCUGCUCUCACAGCUCGUCUGAGACGUCUGGUCACCAUUUACCAGCGCUGCAACCGCAAGGAACUCUGCCGGCCUGAGAUUUUGGGACCAGGUAACCAAGGGUACUGGAUCCAGGAAGAGAUGUUCAGGAGAACCUCAGAAGUGGAUCUCAUCAAUAAAGAAGCCCAAAAGAGGUGGACUAGAAGAGAACAAGCAGAUUUUUAUAGAACAGUAUCUUCCUUUGGUGUUGUUUAUGACCAAGAAAAGAAAAUCUUCGACUGGACACAGUUCCGUAUCAUUUCCCGUUUGGACAAGAAGUCAGAUGAGAGCCUGGAACACUAUUUUUAUAGCUUUAUGACUAUGUGCCGAAAUGUCUGUCGUCUUCCUGCAUGGAAAGAUGGUGGUCCUCUAGAUCCCACCAUCUAUGUUGAACCCAUCCCUGAGGAACGGGCUGCAAGAACUCUGUACCGCAUUGAACUGUUACGGAAGAUCCGAGAGCAGGUGUUAAAAUGUCCUCAACUGCAUGAACGACUCCAGCUGUGCAGGCCUAGCCUCUACCUCCCAGUCUGGUGGGAGUGUGGAAAGCAUGAUCGAGACCUGCUCAUAGGCACUGCCAAACAUGGGCUGAACCGCACUGACUAUUACAUCAUGACAGACCCUCAACUGUCCUUCCUGGAUGCCUACAGAAAUUAUGCCCAACAUAAAAGUACAGACAGCCAGGCACCAGAAAGUUUCUGUUGCCUUUACCAGUCCAACUCCAAACUCUACGAUUCUCUUACAUAUACUCAAAUGAGCAGGACUUCAGAGUCCCUUGAAAAUGGACCUGAGACUCUAGGGAAAAUAGAAAGUAGAGAUGACCUUGGUCUACCUGAAGGCAGCUUAUCUGAUGUGACUUGUGAAAACUUGAUUUCUAAAGUCCAGGAUGUCAUUUCCAUCACCCAUGAUGAAAAUCUGCUUCCUGAGUCCUUGGAGAGUAUGAUGUAUGGCAAGAAAGCACUCAGCCAAGAGCCAGGCUCUUUUCAGGAAAGCCCGAGUACCAAUUCAGAAUUCAGAAAAGAUGUCACUAUCUCAGCAAGCAAAGAUGGAAACAGCCAGCCUGGUAGCCAUGAGUCAGAAAUAGCUUCAGAUUCCUCUUUAAUGAGUAGUUUAGAAGCAAGAGUAGCUCAAAUGAACAUUAAAAACGGAAAACAUUUGUUGAUGUCUCUUUCAAAAGAAGGAGAGCUCUGCUGCAAUGAAGUAAGGCAGAGGCCUGGAAGCGUCAUGCAGCUGGAAGCCAAAUGCUUAGCUUCCCCUUCCUUAGAUCAAGGAAAUGAAAGUGGGUUUGUAGAUAUGUACAAUCUUAGUGUCUGUGACUCUAAAAGAAACCUUUCAUCAGAUCAGCAAUUAAUAGAUUUAUUAGAAAGUAAAAGUUUAGAAAGUAAAUUGACCUUGAGUCAGAACCAUAGUGAUGAAGAAGAAGAGGAAAAUGAGGAGGAAAGCUUACAUGUGGCAACAGGCCUGCGGGAAAGACCAGAGACGCUGCAUCUAACAGAACCCAGUGAUAACAUCCCAAGAGAAAAGAGUCGAGGCUUCCAUUUAGAUGAAGUCAAGAAAGGAAGCUUGGAGGUGAUAAGCCCAAAUCUUGGGCCACAGAGGGCUUUUCCUCCAACAGCCUGUCAGUGUCACUGCAAACACAUGGAGAGGUGGGCACACGGCCUUGAGAACAAUGGGUUUGAACUGGAGAAACCCAAAGGCUAUAACCCAGACCUGUACAAAAACAAAACUAAUGAUACCGCAAUGGAGGGUGAGCCCACUGCUAGUCCAUCAGAGCCAUUUAAAGUGAAGCAUGAACUUUUAAAAGAAUCUUGGAAAGAAAGUACAGAACUGAAAAAAAAUUUCCCUACCUAUGCUCCUGAAGGAAGUGACCUCAAAUCAGAAGACAUGGAUUUUGAGGGUAAAGAUGACUAUGACAGAGAUGGAAAUGGCCUUAGUCAAGAUUAUGCAGGGAAGUACUCUGAAGAAGAGAGCAAGAGCUCAACAUCAGGCAUUGCGGGAGACAUUGGGGAUGACCUGCAGGAGUCCCGGGCUCCCACCAUUGCUCAGCUGCUUCAGGAGAAAACCCUCUAUUCCUUCUCAGAGUGGCCAAAGGAUCGUGUGAUAAUCAACCGCUUAGAUAAUAUCUGCCAUGUGGUGUUAAAGGGGAAAUGGCCCUCCAGCCAGCAGUAUGAGUCCUCAAGCACACUACCCACCUCUGUGUUAGCCAGUAGUGCUGGCUCUCGAAGCAGCCUCUCAGAACCAGAAGCAUCAGAACAUAGCUUCAGCAAUGGUGCAGCUUUGGUGGCUCAGAUCCAGAAGGAUAGCUUCUUGACUCCAGUAUUCACAAAGGAGGAACAAAAACUCAGACAUCCUUAUGAGUUUGAGGUGGAGAGGGAUACAAAGUCCCGGAGCCUAGAUCAGUUCUCUGCACCUCACGGACACCCUCCCAUCAUCCUCAAUGGCUGGCAUGGUGAGUCAGCCAUAGACCUCUCCUGCACAUCAGAGGGUUCCCCUGGAGCCACAUCCCCUUUCCCAGUGAGUGCCAGUACCCCUAAGGUCGGGGCUAUCAGCUCACUUCAAGGAGCCCUUGGCAUGGAUUUGUCUGGGAUUCUACAAGCUGGCCUGAUCCAUCCAGUGACUGGACAGAUUGUCAAUGGAAAUCUCAGAAGAGAUGAUGCUGCCAUGAGACGUCGAAGAGGGAGGCGGAAACACGUUGAAGCAGGGAUGGAUCUCAUCUUUAUGAAGGAUCAAACGCUUCAGGCAGGAAUCUUGGAAGUCCAUGAAGAUUCAGGGCAGGCCUCCUUGAGUACUCCACAUCCAGAAGGAACAGCACCUGCCGCCUCGGCCCCUGAACCUGCCCCAGCAGCUAGUAGCCAGGCUGAGAAGUCCAUUCCAAGCAAGAGUCUGCUUGACUGGCUGAGGCAGCAGGCUGACUACUCCUUAGAAGUCCCUGGCUUUGGAGCAAAUUUUUCAGACAAGCCAAAGCAGAGGAGGCCACGCUGUAAGGAGCCUGGAAAAUUAGAUGUCAACUCCUUGAGUGGGGAAGAGAGGGUUCCUGCUAUCCCCAAGGAGCCAGGAGUAAGGGGCUUUCUCCCAGAAAACAAGUUCAAUCACACCCUGACUGAACCCAGUCUUCGAGAUGCAGGUCCCCGCAGGAGGGGGAGGCGGCCUCGGAACGAACUCCUAAAAGCCCCCACCAUCGUAGCAGACUCUCCCUCAGGAAUGGGGCCACUGUUCAUGAAUGGACUGAUUGCUGGGAUGGACCUGGUAGGACUUCAGAAUAUGAGAAAUAUGCCAGGCAUCCCCCUCACAGGGCUGGUAGGCUUCCCAGCCGGCUUUGCCACAAUGCCCACAGGUGAGGAGGUCAAAAGUACCUUGAGCAUGCUGCCCAUGAUGCUGCCAGGAAUGGCCGCAGUGCCCCAGAUGUUUGGUGUUGGGGGACUCCUGAACGCACCCAUGGCUACCACCUGCACUUCAGCCGCUACAGCGCCUCUGUCAAGCACAACGAAAAGUGGCACGCCAGUGACAGAAAAGACUGUUGAAGACAAGCCAGGUAGCCAUAAUGUAAAAACGGACACUUUAGCUGAAGAGAAGCCUAGUCCUAGUUCAUUUUCUGAUCAGUCAGAACCUGCAAUAACUGCAAGUAGUCCUGUGGCUUUUAAUCCUUUUCUCAUCCCAGGAGUCUCUCCUGGACUCAUCUACCCCUCCAUGUUCCUCUCCCCUGGCAUGGGCAUGGCUCUGCCAGCCAUGCAGCAAGCCAGACACUCAGAAAUAGUAGGUCUGGAGAGCCAAAAGAGGAAGAAGAAGAAAGCAAAAGGGGACAACUCGAACCCCAGCCUAGAGCCUGCUUCUGGAUCUGAAAAAGAGACAGGUGGUGAUCAGAAUUGCCCUGAAUCCAGGGCUUCUGUGCCCCCAGAGAGAGAACAUGCACCACAGACCAGGGAGGGGGUUCUCAAAGACUCUAACAGUGACACCAAUUAGAACUUUUUUUCAUUUAAAAAACAAAUUAUUGUGACUUGUAAGUUUCUUAUCCCAUAAUGGUUUGUUACUUCCCUCACUUGACCUUCAUAUGAACCUGUGUUUCCAUCAGUAAUAUUACCUACCUAAUUUCCUGUCUGAGAACUAUGGUAACAAAUGUUAAUAGUCACAGGGUCUUGCCACUUCAUUAGGUGAGUGUUGUCUAGGAAGCACAGAAUUCUCAUUCUGUCAUCCAGUUGUUCAUUCCAGCAAUUGUAGCUAAUACAGUACUUGGUGACACGCCCUACCCCCUUCUCUCCCGUUACCCAUUUAUUUGAGGAAAAAAAAAUGGAAAUUUGAGGAGGAAAAAAAAGAAAGCUGUCUAGUGACUUAUCAUUGAAGGGCCGAAGAACAGACACAAAGUAGCUCUUUUUUCUCUGAGCCUUGUUGAAUGGGAAGAAUGUAAUGGGGAAACCAAAAAGCACAGAAAAAAGUAAGUGCUGGUGCAUAUUUUUUAGUUAAGAUAUCUCCCUAUUUUAUCAUGAUUACUAAAUGAGUAGUAUAGACAGAAGUAUAUAACUAAUGGUUGAAAUGCAUAUAUUCAUUUCUUUGUGAAGCAGAAACCUUACUGGUAGUGACAUAAUCCCCCCCCCCAUACGGUUUUCCAGACACCUGCAGCAAGAAGAAAUUCUGAUGAGGCAUUAUUUUAAACAUGUACUAUCCUUCUCCCAAGUUAGAAGAUCAUUCUCAUUGUGAGGAUGCUUUCCACCCCUGGAGUUCUUGCUGAGGACAGAGCUGAGCGAGGGGCUGGCCCUCCACAGAGCUGAUCAUGAACACAUGACAAGCGCCCUGCCCUCACCUCAUUCUCUUAACAGUCGCUCCAGCCACUACCAGGACUUAAGGGGUUUUUAUUUGUGCUUUCCUUCACUAAGAAUAAGGCUUUUUUUGGAGCCUGAAAGAAAAUAGUCACUCACCACUUUGACACUUGCAAGGUCUUUUGUCAGAGUUAUUUGAGGUGGUCAAUGUGUGUACCAACUUUUAUGAUACAACUGUGAAGUCUUUUUUUUUUUCCCCUCUCCAUUUUCUCCCUGUUCUGUUCAUACAUUUAGACCCAAAUUUCAAAUUACCAAGUUAGUUGAGAUUGUGUUAUAAAUCCGCUUUGUUCCUCCCUCCUUCUUGGCUCCCAGGAGCUGGGGAGAAUUGCCAGAGCAGCACUUACCCCAUUUUCUUUCUCCUUCCCACUCAUGUUCCCUCCCUCCUGAUAGUCUUAUAGUUCAUACUCUAAGACUUAAAGUAAACUCAUGGUUCAUUCAGUACUCUGGGGGCACAGGGCUGUGCAGGACUGUUGGAAGUGUUGGAAGUGUUACUAGUACCAGUUUUACUUUUUGUUGUCACAAUUUACUGUAUUUUUUACUAUUUCUGUUACAGUUUUGCUAAUUUAUCAGAAGGUCCAAAAGUUUGACAUAACUAUUUCAGUUUGCAUUAUUUAUUUAUGAUGCUUUUGUCAUUGUCUUUUAUACAUUUGGGGUUAUAAAUUAUGUAAAUGUUAAAAUGAGCAUCUCAAAGAAGUCUGUUAAAUCAUGGCCGAGAAAUCAAUCAGAAUCUAUUUUCAAAGUGUGGACCCCCUGUUUUAUGAAUCAGAGAUAUAAAUCAAAUGAUCAUAUAGGAAGAAUCCAGUAAUUGAAUAAAUCCUAUUUAAUGACAUCUUUUUAGCAUAGAUGUUCUAUAAUGCUGACAACAGAUUUCUUAGAAAUGCUGCUUUCUCUAUUUAACUAACAUUUUGUUCAGUUUUGCCUCCAGUGGAAGCAGAAAGGGUUUUUUCAGCUGUUUAAAUCCUAAAAAUCAAUAUAAUUUAUUUAUGUAAAAAAAAUCACUCAAUCGAUAUAUUUUUGAACCUUUUAAGUACUAAUUUUCUUUUUAUCAAGUAGAAAAAAAAUGUAUUUGCCCUAAAUCCUUAAAAUACAAAUGCUAUAAAAAGUCAUGUAUCUUGAAAGCCUUACUGCAAAUGAGUAUUAUAGACAUCCAGCAGAGUCUGGGUUUUCUUUGUUGUCCUUGUUGUUUUGUAUGGAAAAGCUGCUUUCCCCAGGUUCCACUUAGAACCUCCAGUAGGUCACAGGGUUCAAUAUGGAUUUGAUUUAAAAACCCACCAGCAUGCUAAAUCCCUUGUUAUAGCUUAUUGAACCUGUAUGUUAACUUUCUGGGUGUUUAGGCUUAUAUUUGACUGCUGUUGUGUCCCUGUUUGCAAAAUGAAAAAUGACACUCUGGAUUAUUUGCUCUGUAAGGCAUAAGUGCUUCUUAUGAUUAUUUUGAAGUUCCCAAGAGCAAAAAGCCAAAUUCAAACUCUUUUUCAGCAAAUGUGAGCCUUUUCAUCUAAUUCCAUGUCACUCACAGCCAUAACUUUCCUUGGUCAUUCUUUGACCCCCAUGUCUUACAUAAUAAAUUGUCUGUGGUCUUGAUCUUGAAUUUAAACGAAAAAACAAAAAACUUAGAAGUCCAAAAUUUGUAUUUGAGGAAUUCAGUGGCACUUGGGUGUUUCUUGCUGCGUGGGCAUUUUAUGAUGCAUCAUGUACACACAGGAAUCCACUGUCUUUUCUAGAUGCCCACUUUGUGCUCAGCCACCCUACUGAUGAAUGGUUAAGUCUUCAUUCAUGAUGAUUGCUUUGACCUGUUUUGACCUACUAGAACACCUAAUUUCAAACAGAAACACAGAAGGAAGAGAUACAGCAUCACUCAGGGCACGAAUGCCCCAACAAUAGGCCUUAGGGGACAACUAAAUCUCUAUGUAUUGGAGCGGGUCCAUACAACACAGUAAUACCUCAAAAACUAAAGUUCUUGAGGCUUGUUAAUAACUUGUUGACUUAACUUUGGGAAGCACUGUUUCUCAAGCCAGAAAUUCAGCCUCCUUCUUACUAAAUACCAACAGAUGAUUGGAGAAAUAGCAUGGAGAGUGGGUGGGGCCUUGUUCUACUAAGACCUUGGAGUGUUCUGCUACUUGUUUUGCAAGUAAAAAUGUUGUAAGACUCUAGUCAAGUCUUGGAGAAUCCUCUCUUGGGUAGAGGAGUACAAGAUAAAUGAUGAAAACUCAUUUCAGUCUUGGUCUCACACCCUGCCUAGUAAAUUGUACUUCCUCAGGGGCAGAAGAGUAUAGCUAUUCCAGUAUGUUGGGCUAGCAUUUUUAGUGUUUGGUGUAUGUUUGUCUUAAGUGACUUCAUUUGUCCUCAGACCAUCUUGGUUGCUGAGGGAUGCUGACACAGUCUGCCUAAUGAAUGGCAACGGAAAGCUGCCAAGCUGUCUCUCAUCAAUCACAGAGAACACAGUUGUGGGUUAGUUAGCCUACUAACCUGAACUAGGAACACUCUUUGUAAUACCAGUCUGGGACCCCUCAGUUUAAGAGACCAGACCUGACAGAAUUACCCUCGGG